CUCCGCUAUCGCGGCACCUUCAGCGUCCACAACUCAUUCACACUGUCCUCGACAUCCAUUGCCGCACGCAUUGGAAGGGAGCAUCUGUGCUUUAAUCUCCGCCAAGCCGCAAGUCUGGACUUUGAGCUCAAACCCAUUGCGCGGACACCCCAAAACCCCCUUGCACAGUACCUAACGCUGUACACGUUCAUAGCAGCGUAAGCAAGCGGCGACUAUGUCGGUGACGUCGGCAUCUGCCACUUCGGCAGGUCGGCUGGAGCCUUUUCUUCUCCUGGCAAAGUCCUCGAAAGGUGCUGCAGCUGCUCAAUCCAUCAUUGAUGCCACUGCUGCUCCUGGAGUCUACGUCUUCAAUGAGCUUCUGGCUCUGCCUUCCAUACAAGAGCUCCAAUCUGGUCCGCACGAGAAGGCAUUUGCCCUCCUACAGCUGUUCGCGUACGGCACCAUAUCCGACUGGGCGUCCAGCCCAGACGCUUUCCCCAAGCUUCGCCCAUCGCACAUUUUCAAAUUGCGGCACCUGACGCUGCUUACACUAGCAUCCAACGCCAGGACGGUGCGAUAUGCGGAUCUCACGUCGGCUCUCUUGUUGGACGCCUCCUCCGAGAACCCGACUGGUGGGUCCGCCGUUGGUUCGAGCGGUGCUGCCUCUACUAGAGCACUCGAGGACUGCAUCAUUGAAGCUUUGUAUGCGGGCACACUGGCCGCAAAAUUGAAUCAACGUCAGGCCAGAUUGGAGGUGGAGGCCGUGCUUGGAAGGGAUAUCAAGGGAACUGAAGAGCUUGCCGACUUGCAAAGGCAGCUGGCCCAGUGGUCUGCGACCGCCAAUUCGCUUUUGGCUAGCUUGUCAAAUCAAAUCGAGCAAGAACGAGCUCGCGACGCCCUGCGCGUUGCCCACAAAGCACAACAUCGAGAAGACCUCGCUCAAAGCUUGUCAUCCAUUGCGGACAAGCUGUCGAACCCGAACGCAUUCUCUCCAGCUCUUGCCAAUGCAGCUGGACACUUUGGGUCUAUGGACAUCGACGGACCUAGGAAGAUUCCUCACCGAAAGCGCACAAGAGGCUGAACGCUGGAAAGACCCGAAUCAAACAGGUCGCAUCUCGCGCAAAUUACAAGAGCCUUGAGCACGCCUUCAAUUGCCUUCCAAAAGCUGCCAUCGACCUCAGGCUUUGAGACUAAUCGAUGAUCAAGUCAAGGCCUUUCUGACCAUCAACCACGCGUACCCAUUGGCGGCCAAUCUGUUGACGUUGAAUGCAGCUAGAAAGGCGUACUACCAUGAAACUGGCACGGAUAAUGCCAGUGCCCGGCCCAAAGCGCCUGCUCCUGAUCUGCACAUGCUCCGGCAAUCGCACACUACUCAACACACUCUGUACAACUACAACCCCGACUGCAAUCUCGACUUGCCGGUGACUAGAUU